AUGGCGGUGCAACCACGAAUAUCUACCAACAGCCUCCCUGUGCCGACACGCUUCUUCAACCCGUCGCGCCUGCGCUCAUACCUCCUGCGGCUCCCUCUGUUCACGCGCCUGAUCCUGCUGGUCAUCGUCGCGUUCUGGAUCCUCGAGUUCCAGACGGUAUGGAACGUGGCGCAAUGGGGGGCUCUGAUCCCGAAAGAGAUGGGCUUCGGGACAAUGUACAGGCUCAACACGUUCACACUGAUUCACAUGGGCUUCUUCCAUAUGCUGAUGGACACCCUCUGUCUGGUGCCACUGCUGGAGAGGUUCGAGGCGGAAUGGGGAACGUUAACUACCCUUGCGCUGUUUAUGGGUCCAUUGGGCCAGAUUCCGGCUGUUCUAUACUUGGUGUUUGACGGGCUGAUUUUGAGAGACAACACACCCGUCUUGGGGUCGAGCGUGUGGGUGUUCCUGCUCCUAGCGGCUGAGUCGAUCAAGACUUACCGCUCGAAUCCACAUAUAGAAAUUUCAGGGUACAAAAUCCCCACGUGGAUCACUCCCCUUGCUAUCGUGGUCGUUACCUCUAUUUUGAUACCAAACACUUCGUUUCUGGGUCAUUUGAGCGGUUGCAUCACGGGCUAUUUGUGGGGGCUGGGAUAUAUACGAUUUCUCGCACCGCCUGAGAAAGUCCUUCGAUGGAUUGAAGGCAAGCUCAACCUCCUGGGAAGAGUACCUCACUAUGUAUCUGUCGACCAGAAGACUUAUGGAAGAUACGGCGUUUUGCCCUCGAGCUCCACGGCUGGACCGGGUGAGCAUAUGAGUCCAAUUGGACUGGGUUGGGUUGGAGGCACCGGCUCCGGUGGACAAAGGCUUGGCCCUUGA